AUGGAAGUCCCACAGAGACAAUUUACAAAGGAAGAAAUCAAUCGUUGCUAUCUUAGAUGGCAACAAUUGAGGAACGAGCAUGGGGAGAACGCUCCAAAUAUUCCGGAAUUUGUAUACUUUACAAGAGUAUUACGUCUUGCUGCGAAACAACAACAAGAUCUUCAACAGAAACAGCAACAACAACAACAACAACAAUUGCCCAAUUCGAAUACAACUGAUAAUAAGGCUCCUACGCGAAGUGGAAACCCACAAGAACAUACAUCUCCAAGUAACAACCAAUUUGAUUCGAAAGCUACUACAGAUUCUCAACAAUUGAAUGGAAACUUUGGAACAUCGAAUAAUGGAAGCCCUAUGAAUGGAACUAUUAAUAGUCAGCAAAUGCCAAAUAACAACGAGAAUAAUACUACAAAUGUCCCAAACCCUAUACAAAACCAAAUAUCAGGAAACAUCCCUGGAAGUAGUAAUAGUAAUAAUACCAAUAAUUAUGCGAAUUUCGAUAGCACACCAAAUGCAUCAUUCACACCACAAGGAAAUACUGAAAACAUGACAAAUAAUAAUAAUAAAUCGACGUUGCAAGGGCAAUCUGAACUUCCUAAUGGUAACAACAAUUUCCAGAAGAAUGAUGCAAAAGAGAAAAAUAUACCAAGCAAUCAAACACCAGGAAAUUGGUCAAAUCACGCCGGUCAAACACCUCAAGGUAUGCGUAACAUGCCAAACUCUGACCGUAGAUCAGAAUAUCGUAGAAGUUCAGAACAUAUGAAGAACAUAUUUACCCCCCAACAAUCGAAUUUAUUAAAAGCACAGAUAAGUGCAUUGAAGUGUUUGGUUAACCAACAAAAUGUUCCUUUUGAUUUUCAAUCAAUCAUUCAACAAUCAAUGAAUAACCCUCCUGACUUCAGGAAAAUGUUGACCAGCUUGGGUGAUUUUGUUAAAGCUAAGAAUAGAAUUACAUCGAGUGGUAGUCCAGAUAAUAACAAUCAAGUAACUGGCAGUAGUCAAUCGCCUACAUCAUCAUCACAACCGUUGAUCAAUCAACAAAAUCAUCGACAACAGGUGCAACCUACACCCAAAGUAAAUGAAAUCGGAAUGAAAUCUGCAAUUGGAAAAAGUGUUAAUAAAUCAGAGACUGUUGUAACAGACAAUACGAAUGUCCAACAGAUCAGUUCUGUAAAAACUCCUGCAGAUAUCGAAGAGAACAAAGCAAUCAAUAAUUCAACUUUGGGAAAACAACCUACUCAAAAAUUAAAGGUUAACACAGCUUCGCUAACUACAUCAACACAGUUGAAUCAGGCGCCAAUCGAAAUCCCUAAGCCCAAAAGUCCCGUAUUUAUCGGAGACAAGGAACCACCUAAAUAUGCUGCUCCAGUCCUAUUGGAAGUUUUCCAAAAAGAGAACCCAACAGCUCUAAAAGUCAAAGAUUACUCCAAUCCUGCCAUAAUGGUGGAUUCAUAUUAUUUACCCCAAUUAAUUGACAAAGAUAUAAACUACAAUUCCUUAUUCCCAAGUCUACAAGAACCCAAGCUAAGUAUUCAGCCAGGUCUUUUACCAGAGGGUAUCGAUAUUCACAAUACAAUGGAAAUUUAUCAAACUCUUAUUGCAUUAAAUCUCGAUACUGCUGUAGAUACCUUAUUGUCGGAUAUGCUGGAUGAGAAGAUCGAAGACCCACAAAAGAAAGAGAACUCAUUGUACGAUUAUUAUGCCCUGCAAUUACUACCUUUCCAAAAGGCUGUUAGAGGUCAUGUAUUACAAUAUGAAUGGUAUCAAAACUCACUCCUAAAUAAUACACACCCAAACUUUUUAUCAAAGAUUAGAAACAUUAAUACCCAAGAUAGUAUGUUAACCAACGAAUUAUACAAGAAACACGAAUUGCAACAAUACAAAAUCAAGAAAAACAAAGAAGUAAUGGGACAAAAAAUGAUAACGGAUCAUUCGGUUACGUCGUAUAAUGAACGUAAUGAAAAGAGACAUAAAAGAUUAAAAUUUGGUCAUAGAGUAUUUAAUCUACAUGGGAACUUGGAGAAAGAUGAACAAAAAAGACAAGAACGGAAGGCAAAAGAACGUCUACAGGCUCUUAAGGCAAAUGAUGAGGAAGCAUAUAUCAAAUUAUUGGAUCAAACUAAGGAUACCAGAAUUACACAUCUUUUGAAACAAACUAAUGCAUUUUUGGACUCUUUGACGAAAGCUGUUAAAGAUCAACAAAAAUAUACUAAAGAAAUGAUUGAAUCUCACGUAAAAGAGGAUUCUGAAAACUCUGAUGAGUUGAAACCGGAUUUCAAUUCUGAUGACGAACCUAUUGAUAAAGAGGAACAACUAAAUAUCGAUUAUUAUAAUGUAGCCCAUAGGGUGAAAGAGGUUGUUACCAAACAACCAUCUAUUCUUGUAGGAGGUACACUGAAAGAAUAUCAAGUGAAAGGUUUACAAUGGAUGAUCUCAUUAUUCAAUAAUCAUUUGAAUGGUAUUCUAGCUGAUGAAAUGGGUCUUGGGAAAACCAUCCAAACAAUCUCAUUACUGACUUACUUGUAUGAAAUUAAGAAUGUGAGGGGUCCAUUUUUAGUCAUUGUUCCAUUAUCAACGUUAUCUAACUGGAGUGGGGAAUUUGCUAAGUGGGCACCAGUAUUAACUACUAUUUCCUUUAAGGGUCCACCAAACGAAAGAAAAACCAUGCAAGCUGCCAUAAAACUUGGCCAAUUUGAUGUUGUUUUAACCACAUUCGAGUAUAUUAUUAAAGAAAGAGCUUUAUUAUCCAAGAUUAAAUGGGUGCAUAUGAUCAUCGAUGAAGGUCACAGAAUGAAGAAUGCCCAAUCUAAAUUAUCACUUACACUGAAUACAUAUUACCAUUCCGAUUAUAGAUUGAUUUUAACAGGUACUCCUUUGCAAAAUAAUUUACCUGAACUUUGGGCGUUAUUAAAUUUCGUUCUACCAAAAAUUUUCAACUCCGUUAAGUCUUUUGACGAAUGGUUCAAUACUCCCUUCGAAAAUACUGGUGGCCAAGACAAGAUUGAACUGAGUGAAGAAGAAACAUUAUUGGUUAUUAGAAGAUUACACAAAGUCUUACGUCCUUUCUUAUUACGUAGAUUAAAGAAGGAUGUCGAAAAGGAUCUUCCUGAUAAAGUUGAAAGAGUUAUUAAAUGUAAGAUGAGCGCAUUGCAAGAGAUUCUGUACCAACAAAUGUUAACCCAUCGUCGUCUAUUUAUUGGUGAUACAGUAAACAAGAAAAUGGUAGGCCUUCGUGGGUUUAAUAACCAAAUCAUGCAAUUGAAAAAGAUAUGUAACCAUCCUUUUGUUUUUGAAGAAGUGGAAGAUCAAGUUAACCCAACUAGAGAGACAAACCCAAAUAUUUGGCGUGCAGCUGGUAAGUUUGAACUAUUAGAACGUGUUUUACCAAAAUUAAAGGCAACAGGGCACAGAGUAUUGAUUUUCUUCCAAAUGACGCAGAUUAUGGAUAUUAUGGAAGAUUUUCUUCGUCUUAUCGACAUUAAGUACUUAAGAUUGGACGGUCAUACCAAGUCAGAUGAGCGUAGUAUGCUUUUGAAAUUAUUUAACGCUCCAUCUUCUGAAUAUUUCUGUUUUAUCUUAUCAACGAGAGCAGGGGGUCUAGGUUUAAACUUGCAAACUGCCGAUACAGUUAUUAUUUUCGAUACAGAUUGGAAUCCCCAUCAAGAUUUACAGGCUCAGGAUAGAGCUCACAGAAUUGGUCAAAAACAUGAAGUGCGUAUUUUGAGAUUAAUUACAGAACACUCAGUUGAAGAGGCUAUUCUGGAGAGAGCUCAUAAAAAAUUGGAUAUCGAUGGUAAAGUUAUCCAAGCUGGUAAGUUUGAUAACAAAUCUACAUCUGAAGAACAAGAAGCGUUGUUGAGAUCAUUGUUAGAUGCCGAAGAAGAACGUCGAAAGAAGAUACAAGAAGGUACCGUCGUAGAUGAAGCCAUUGGAGAUAAAGAAUUAAAUGCUUUAUUGUCAAGAAGUCCAAAUGAAAUUGGUAUCUUCUCUAAACUUGAUGAAGAAAGAGGCGAAAAGGACAAAAAAAAUGGUAUUACAUCUAGAUUGUUGGAAAAGUCAGAAUUACCUGAAAUCUAUAGUCAUGAUAUCGGUGCUGAAUUAAAACGUGUAGAGGAUGAGCGUCAAAAAGAAGUUGAUAAUGCAGGCAGGGGUGCAAGAGAACAUAAACAAAUGACAUAUUCAGAUAACGUUUCGGAAGAACAAUGGUUAAGACAAUUCGAAGUCAGUGAUAACGAAGGUGACGACGACGGUCAACGUCCAAGAAGAAGAAGACAACCCCAACCAUCUUUCGAUGAUAAUGAUAAUGAUGAAGAUGAAGAUAAUAAUGUAAAGACUAAUGACGAAUUUAAAUUAGAAGAUAAUGAUUCACAUAAUGAUAUUCUGAAUGAAACUCAUAAUGAUAUUCACAAAAACGAACCAGAAGAAAUACCCGAGUCAUUGAAACGUAAAGCACCUAGACCUCGUGGUAGACCUAAAAAAAUUAGGGUCGAAGAACCUGCUGCAGAUACCACUACUACUGGUGAUAACGUAACCGGUGAAACCAUCACAGAUACUUCUGGUACCAUUCAACCUCACACUGCAGGUAAGACAUCUAUUAAAUCUGCAAGAACCUCAAGUAGAGGACGUGGACGUGGACGUGGACGUGGAAGAGGCAGAGGACGUGGACGUGGACGUGGACGCCCACCUAAGAUUCGUAAUGGUUUGGAAUACGUUAGAGUUGCCGACAACGAAAAGACAACUUUGGAAGAAAGAGAAAAGAUAAGCGAACAAGCUAGAGAGUUGUACAAAUUUAUAUUAGACUAUACUGACGAAAAUGAUAGACGGUUGUCUGACAUAUUUUUGGUUAAGCCGUCAAGACUAUUAUAUCCCGAUUAUUAUCUUUUAAUUAAAUAUCCACUAGGAUAUGAGGAUGUCAACAACUUUAUCGAAACCUUUGCAUACAAUUCCAUAAAGGAAGUUGUUGAAGAUUUCCAUUUAAUUUUUGCCAAUGCAAGGAUCUACAAUACUGAAGAUUCAAUAAUUUACAAGGACGCACUUGAAUUGGAGGAGCAUUUGAUUAAGAAAUAUCAGGAAUUAACAGAUGAUUCUGAGCCACUCGAUCUCACUGAAUUCAAUGAAAAAUACUCUUCUAAUCCAUUAAUUAUCCAACCAGUAGCUCCAACUGUUGUUCCUGACGUAUCUGAAGAACCACAGCAACCCACAUCCAUAAAGCCAAGCGAGGAAUAA